CUACGCCCCGACCAAUAUCGAUUCCCGUUGUUUUAGCAUUCACUUUACUCACUACUACUCAACUUGUCAUGCUUUUCUUCCACACCAGGACAACAGCUCGUCCCUCCGAGAAGGUUCGUCGUGAGACUAAGAGCGAAAUGAGCGUCGGCCGUAAGAUCGAUAUGUUGCUCGGACAGAACGGCAGGCCUUGCCGCGAGUCCUCACUAGAAGCCGUGUCUCUCGAACCCUGUUGUAUCUGUCUAGAACAAGGUCCCGAUUUCGUCCUGUGUUGUGGUCACUCCUUCCACCGCGAGUGCCUCGAGGAGUGGCUCACU